UGAGCCCAUAGCAACGGAGUCAGAACACAACAACUAGCUCGCUAUACUACUAUUAUUAGUUUAGUAAUACAGUUAAUCGUUACUAUAAAAAGCUCAAGACACUUGUAAGCCUUUUUAAAAUGUGGGGCAAAGAGGAUCAAUCUCGACCCAAACGUGUUUUUAUCAACGACGUGGACAGAUAUUCCUCCAAACACGUUGCUAAGUUGUUAUCCACAUACAAUACCGAGGAGUCCUCUGAGGAAGAGGACACAGAUGAGAGCUCAUCUCGAGGUGAACCUUUCCAGAUAGUGGGAACUGUGUCUCCUUCCACCAAAGAUGAUAAAGAGAGAAAAGAAACCUUCAUGUUUGAGCAGUACACGUCACCAACUCGAAAAGAGCUUCUUGAGCACCUGCUGGAGUGUGACGUGGUGGUGUACAACAUCUCGGAAAGUACUACACGACAGCAGGUUGAGGAAGCAACAUGGGCAAUCGAAGCCCUUCAUGCCAACAUAGAGAACUUCAAGUCUCGGAAAAUGUUCAUCUUAGUCUCAAGCGUGAUGACCUGGGUCAUGACCAAGCCACAGAAUCCGGAGGAUACAGAUUUUCUGCUAACAGAGGAAGAGUUCAUAAGAAGAAGGCCACAUCCUAAUUUCAGAAACCACAAUAGUCUGGAGAAACUUGUGCUCAAACUGGGUAAAGGUAAAAAGUCCAAGCUUACUGGAUAUGUCGUAGCUUGUGGUCUUCAGUACGGAAAGGGAGAGAACCUCUUUCACUACUUUUUCAAGGUGUCUUGGUUGACGCAGUUUCCAAAAGUUCCUCUCUUUGGAUCAGGCACGAAUUACAUCCCCAUGAUUCACGUCUAUGACCUUGGAAGAGUGAUCCAAAAUGUCAUUGAACUCAAACCAAAGACAAAGUACAUCCUUGCUGUCGAUGACUCCAGGAACACAUUAGAGGAGAUUGUAAAGGCGAUAAGCGAUACACUCGGGCCCGGAAAAAUUAACAAAGUACCGGAGCAGGACGCCAUCGACAUGGAGGCUUUUAAGCCAGAGGAAUUGGAGUACCUAAAUAUCAACCUCCGCCUGGAUGCUUUCCUCAUUAAAGACUCCUUCAGUCUCAGCUGGACGUCUGAAGCCGGGAUGGUUGAGAACAUGUCGAGCAUUGUGGAGGAAUACAAAGACACCCGGGAGCUACUGCCCAUCAGAAUCUGCCUGGUUGGACCUCCAGCUGUGGGCAAAACUACCGUAGCAGAGAAGCUCUGCAGUCAUUACCAAUUACACCACAUCAAGGUCAAAGAGGUCAUUGAGGAAGAGAUCACAAAGCUGAAGGAGAAAGUGAACGAAGCUGAUCCUGAAUAUUUCAGUGAAGAGGUGGCGGCUGCUGCACAGAAACAACUGGAACAUUUGAACAAAAGCAUGGAAAAGAAUGGUCGACUGGCUGACCAUCUAGUUUUUGACAUUUUGCAAGAAAAGCUGGGUUCAAAGCCGUGCAGGAACCAAGGGUUUGUUCUCGACGGCUUCCCGAAGACUUAUGAGCAGGCACAUCUGAUUUUCUCAUAUGAGGACCCGGAGAACCAGGAUUUGAUGCCCAAAUCUCCUUCAUACAACAAGGAUAUCACUCCAGAACAUAUUUUUUCCCUCAAUGCAACGGAUGAUUUUCUGACAGAGAGAGUUCAGAGACUUCCUCAGAGUGAGGCAGAGACGAUGCGCUACACCCAGGAGGAAUUCAUCUCUCGCCUGACGAGAUACAGAGAACGUAGCGCCGCUGAGGAACCCCUGCUGGACUACUUUGAUGAGCUGGAGAUUCACCCAGAACACAUUGAGGUCACUACAGGUGACUCAGAGUACACAGAUGUGAUGAAGAAGAUCACCGAGAUGGUCGGGGUUCCCAAGAACUAUGGUCUGAGUCCAGAGGAGCUGAAAGAGGAGGACAGGAAGAGAGAGGAAGAGAGGAAGCAGAAACUGGCUGCAGAGGCUGCUGAGAAGAAACGCAGAAAUGAAGCUGCGCUGGCUCAGAUGGCUGCUCAGUAUGACGAGUGGCGGAAGAAUUUGUCGGAGGUGAAGCGGCAGGAGUACGAGCUGCUGGAGGCUCACUCUCUUCCUCUGAGGAACUACCUGAUGAAGUACGUGAUGCCGCCGCUCACUGAUGCCAUGUUAGACUGCUCCAAGAUCAAACCAGACGACCCCGUCGACUUUUUGGCUGAACACCUACUACGGAACAACACAGUCGGAUGAUCCAAUACGUUAUUAAUUUACUUCAUUUAAUUUGUAAUCAUCUUUUGAUUGUAAAAAAAAUCAAAAGACAGUUGCAUCAGUGUUAUAGGUUUAUAAUAAAUAUGUAGGAAUAUGAUUAGAAAAUUGUUAAAAAAAAAUAAAUAUUGGUUUUAAUUAUAUAAUUCAAGCAUUUGAUUUGUCUGAACUUUCCCUGUAGUCAUCACAGAUUUUCAUAAAACCACCAA